AUGCUCGGCCUUGCUGCACAUGAACCCAACUUGACCAUUAUUAGAGAAGAAUUCAAACCAAACAAACCCAAGCCAUGUGCUCUUUGUAAUCAGUUUGAACAUGAAGUUAAGGACUGUGAAGGUUUGCCAAGAGAAAAGAAGGGAAAGCACGAUGAACUUGCAGAUAGUCUUCCUUGUGCAGAAGGGGAGUUUAUCUUCCUUCGUCUUGAUGUUCUUCCUGAGUAUUUGGAAAGAGAGCUCACCAUGGCCAGCCUACCGUUCACAUUUGAUGUCGAGAGGAGCAUUGAUGACUGGGUCUUCAUGUGCUUCUUUGUGGGAAAUGACUUCCUUCCUCACCUGCUGUCGUUAGAGAUUCGGGAAGGUGCAAUUGACCGUUUGGUUAACAUAUACAAAAAUGUGGUUCACAAAACUGGGGGAUACCUUACUGAAAGUGGUUAUGUCAAUCUGCAAAGAGUACAGAUGAUCAUGUUAGCAGUUGGUGAAGUUGAGGAUAGCAUUUUUAAAAAGAGAAAGGAUGAUGAGGAUAGUUUUAGAAGACGACAGAAAGAAAAGAGAAAGAGAAUGAAGAAAGAUCAACCAGCUUUCACUCCUGGUGCAAUAUUAACCCCUCAUGCCUUGGGUUCAAGAAAUUCACCAGGUUCUCAAGUAGCCAGUAAUCCGAGACAAGCAGCCUAUGAAAUGAGGAUGCAGAAUAAUUCUAGUCCUUCAGUAUCUCCUAAUACGAGUUUCACUUCUGAUGGCUCCCCGUCUCCGAUAGGAGGAAUUAAGCGAAAAGCAGAAGACAGUGACAGUGAACCUGAACCAGAGGAUAACGUCAGGCUUUGGGAAGCUGGUUGGAAGCAGCGGUACUACAAGAACAAAUUUGAUGUUGAUGCAGCUGAUGACAAAUUCCGUCGUAAAGUUGUACAGUCUUACGUUGAAGGGCUCUGCUGGGUUCUUCGAUAUUAUUACCAGGGCUGUGCUUCCUGGAAGUGGUAUUAUCCAUUUCAUUAUGCACCAUUUGCUUCAGACUUUGAAGGUAUUGCAGACAUGCCUUCUGAUUUUGAGAAGGGUACUAAACCGUUUAAACCAGUGGAACAACUUAUGGGAGUUUUUCCAGCUGCAAGUGGUAACUUCCUACCUCCAUCAUGGCAGAAGCUCAUGAGUGAUCCUGAUUCUAGUAUAAUUGACUUCUACCCUGAAGAUUUUGCUAUUGAUUUAAAUGGGAAGAAAUAUGCCUGGCAAGAAGAUGCCCGUUGCCUGCAGAGGGGCUGUGAGUGGCCCAGACCCAUUCCUGGACUC